GGUUUUAAGAAAACCCAAACAAAGAAGAAAAGGGUAGCUUUGUAAUAUAGAUAAAAGCCAGCCCCUUUAAAGAAGUACAACAUUUGUAAGCGGGAUAGAAAGCCGUUCUCUUUCCGUGUCCCUCUGUCCCGGUAGAGAGAAAAAGCUCAGCUCAGCUAACUAUAAAGUUGAAAACUUUGAUUGAAAAAUCCAAUAUUUGUCUAAUACUUCUGCAUGUACAUGCUUUGUUAAAUCGUUCAAUUAACUCAUCCUUUUGUCAAAGUGUAGUCUAACUUCCAUGGCUAGUAAUCCCAACGACCCCCCAGCCGACGAUUUCCUUGAGCAAAUCCUCGGGCUUCCGAAUUUUGCUUCGGCUGAGUCCGGCUUAUCGGCUCCAGACGCCGGCUUGGCUUCGGCGGCUGGAGCUGCAGCUCCGAUGAUGCUGCAACUGAGCUCUGGCGCCGGCUCAAGCCACAUCUCGGCGCUUGGAGGGGGAGUAAGCGGUGGAUUUCACGGACAGCUGUUUCCAUUAGGGUUGAGUUUGGAGCACGGCAAUGGUGGGUUUUUGAAGCCUGAAGAAGCUUCUGGAAGUGGAAAAUGGUCUCGUGAAGAACUUGUUGAUGGUAGAGCUUCUAAUGUAAAAAAUGUGUACCACGCUCAACCAAUGCCCACGCCUAUUCCUGCAGCUCCACAUCUUCCAGCAAUGCGCCCUCGGGUGCGAGCGAGGAGAGGACAGGCAACAGAUCCACACAGCAUUGCUGAACGACUGCGGAGAGAAAGAAUAGCAGAACGAAUCAGGGCACUGCAGGAGUUAGUUCCUAAUGUUAACAAGACGGACCGAGCUGUUAUGCUUGAUGAGAUUGUGGACUAUGUGAAGUUUCUAAGGCUCCAAGUUAAGGUUUUGAGCAUGAGUAGAUUGGGUGGAGCUGGUGCAGUGGCUCCACUAGUAACAGAUAUCCCACUGUCAUCAGUUGAGGAUGACUCUGGUGAAGGUGGAAGAAACCAACCAGCUUGGGAGAAAUGGUCAAAUGAUGGAACAGAAAGGCAGGUAGCAAAGCUGAUGGAAGAAAAUGUUGGAGCUGCAAUGCAGUUUCUUCAAUCUAAAGCCCUUUGCAUAAUGCCGAUCUCAUUGGCGACGGCAAUUUACCACACUCAAUCUCAUGAUACGUCACCCAUUGUCAAGUCAGAGACUAAUCCUCCAUAGAUUUUAAGCAGUACUCCCUCCUUUCCUCCAUGGUCCCAUACAAAAGGCUCAAACUUGUCCGGGGUCCCACUCCUACAAUUGACAUCCAACCAACCCCAGAAAAUAAGCUGUUUACUGGCUUCAAAUUGCAAUUUGUAAUCAAAGUCAGAUGCCAUAACUCUUUCCUUUUUUUCUUUUUUUUCCUGUUCUUUACAGCUUUGGCCAGACGGUCUUGAUGUCAAUCCCUAAAAAAUAAAUACAGCCAGGGCCUUGAUGUCUUUACCAAGUUCAAGAAAAGAAGAGGAAUUGUCAAAGCUCUUACUUGAUACGCUCUGCUUUUUUGCAUCAAUGGUGGGAUGGUAGUGGAAAAUGAUGGAAGCACAAGCACUUUUGUAGUGGGCCUCUAAAUUUUGUUGGAAUAUGGGACCUUCUGAAAGGGAUAGACAAGUAAAUAUAAAUUUGCAUAAGUGUAUUUCGGCGGAAUGAAGAAGAGAUAGAAUAGAUAAUGGUUGAUGGUUUGAAAAUUGAGAAUUGAAAAUUGCUGUGUGAUAUUGCAGUCCAAAGGAAAAUUAUAGUGCUUUACUGUGGUUUA